AUGAAGGCAAUACUCCAGGUGGGACCGGCGCAGUUCUUCAUCGAAGGUGCAACCUUCCACCUCCUCUGCGUAGAUAUUCGACAAACGCUUGCGGCGAUCGUGAAGCUGCAGGAGUGCAGCAUCUCCCUCAAGCUGCACGUCAACAAGCUGGAAACGCGUCUGGCAGAGGAUGCGCGCCGACUGAGAGCAGCCGGUGUCGCGCUGCCCGGCGAUGACGACGAUGACGACGACCCCAUUCUGGGAAGCUCGCUGCUCUCCCGCGUAGGCGCCGCUUCUCGGUCGUCAUGGCAGCGGCGUGCGUACAUAAAAUCAACGGCGCCCAUGCCACGCUACGUGUGCCCCACAACUGGCCAGCGACAGCCUGUCCUUCACAGAAGACCGCUCUUCAUAUUCUCCGCAGCGUCCUUCGAUGCAGCAGAGGCGGUGGUGCAGCGCCUGCAGGCGCGUCUGCUGGAGCAGCACCUCCUGCUAGACGAGAUAGAGCUGCAGGCGCUGUGCAGCGGCGGUGACGGUUGUAGCGUCUCCGACGCGCCGACGCGUGUGUUACCGCUCCCCAUAAUGGAGCUUGACACGUACUUGUCCACAUCCGCCAAUGUGAUGCCGGCGUACGACGUGGAAGGAAAUCGCCGCCGUUGCUUCAUGACAGUUGUAGGGGCAUCCGCGAAUGGGCGGCAUCGAUCAUGUGUAUUGGGAAGAGGAGAGUUGGUCGCGUGCGGAGACGCGAGAGAAUGCACCUGCGAAGAGCACCCGCUCUGCACAUGUGUCGGGCACACGUGA